AUGCUUAAAGAACAUGCUCAUAAACUUGUUAUGUUAAUAGCAUUGCUAUCUGGUCAAAGAACACAAACAAUAACACUAAUGGACAUUACGAAUAUACAGUUUACCGAUGCUGGUGGUUGUCUUAUAUAUAUUACAUCUACUUCGGCAGCUAAGGCAGCGGGAGUUUCUAUAGAUGAGAUACUCAGUAGUGCAGGACGGUCUAAUUGUGCAACUUUUCAGACAUUCUAUAACAAACCUGUUGAAAAUGGAGCAAGUUUUGCUGAAGCAG